AUGUCUGCCGGUGCUUGGAAAGAGCUGGGCAUCACAUAUCUUCAAUAUUUGGAGCUAUGUUCAAAAACUCUUCGAGGGUGCCUUAAACCAGAGCUGAUGGCCGCUGCCAUUCGUAGAGGCGAAUCGAUUCUCAAGUUCUCCAAAUGGGAGUCCGGCAAGCAAGGGGAGCUCAAAAUUGUGCCAAACAUUACAUCAGAAGUGGCUAGAAAGAAUGCAGCCUCCGGUUCGACCGACAAUUAA